GACAAGGAUCAUGUAAGAAAGAUCUUGCAAAGUCUUACACCCGAUGGAGAUCCAAGGCCGACGCAUCUAUGAGUCAAUCGGCGUUUCCAACACCACCAUCGACAGUCUAUGAGAAUCUAGGGAGGAUGACUCUAGCAAUGAUGACGAGAUAAAGCUCAUAAUGAAGAAGUUUUACAAACUUCUAAACAAGAAAGACAAAAAUGAUGAUACCUCCGAAUGCUAUGGAUGCGAUGAAGUCAGGCAUAUCAAGAUUAAAUGCCCAAAGGCGGAAAGAAUGGAUGCCGGUUCAAAAAGAAAAGGGCAUACAUAUCCUGGGGAGGAGAUUCUGGAGAUGAAAGCACUGGUGAAGUGGAAGAAGAAGAAGAAGAAGAAGCAAACCUAUGUCUCAUGGUGUAUGAGGAAGACUCGCCAUCAACCCACGACAACCAAUAUUUCGGAAGGGGUUGUAAACCUGGACGGAUUAGGGUGUUACACACAGGCCUGGCCUGGCACGCUGGUUACUACACCGGUCUUGUUCAGUAUAAUAAAGAAAAUAUGUGACCCAGUCGAACUGGUACACUGGUCUCACACCAGUCUUACACAUAUUUUCUAAUAAGCCUGAGCCCAAUCGAAUUGGGUACACCGAUUGCACAUCGGUUUCAGCAAAAAAGUGAGCAAACUCAUAUCGGGGACGCCCGAUUCAUUUAAGCCCUCAAUCUGAGGCACUU